AUGAACACCCGAAUCAUAGUCCUACCUUCCCCGCUCUGCGCGGGAACAAGUUCGAAGCACAAUAGAAAACUCGCAUCUUGUGACGGCAUCCUGGCAAAACGUUAUAGCACGCCACGAAGGGCCAGUUUCCGAGUCAUCCUAACAACGUCUCUGGCUGCUCCUGUAUGGAGCUCGGUGAGCCUAUACAGACCACUUGUGGUGGGGAGAGAUACACAACUUCGGGAAGAGUACGAUUUUGUAAUCGUUGGAGGCGCUCAACUGCAGUCAGAGACCGUUCUCAUUAUUGAAAGUGGAGAAUUAGAUCAAGGAGAGGACUCGAUGCUUGUACCACAUCUGAUAGGAACAACUGCUCCCAAGUACCUUUUCAAUACCACCAGCACACCCCAGCCCGGGCUCGGAAAUCGUACAUUCUGGGUGCCUGCUGGGCGUGUCGUCGGAGAGCGAAACGUUCCAUCCGCCAAGCCAAGAGGUCCAGCAGGAAUUCAAUCUCACAUACGACCCUUCAGCGCUAAUGUACUCACAGGCAGCUUCCUGAAAGUAUUCAAAGAGUAUGGUUCUCAUGUUCCUCGUGACGGGGCUUCGGGAGACGCUUUGGGAGCGUUCUGGGUUCCAAAUUCUCUAGACCCUUCGGAGAUGAUUCGGAGUUAUGCACGGAAUGCAUAUUAUGAUCCUAUCACCGGAAGGUCCAACUUUCAUCUCUUGACAGGAAUGACUGCUUCCAAGAUCAUUUUCCAAGGCAAAACCGCGAAAGGUGUCCAG